AUGCCUAACAUUCCUACUCCUUCAGGGGAUAAAAAAUACAUUUUCGCUGAUGCUCGUAAGAAUGCUUUUGUUCCUUCCACUAUCAACAUGCACCAAAACGAUACACUUGUUUUUGUGGCAGAUAAGAGUGACUCGUGGAACUCAUUCAGUUACUAUAUAAACCAAAAUAAAAAAACGUGUGACAAAGAUACUAGCUCAUCUAGUGUAUCUCUUGGCAAAGGGUCAUCAAAUGAUGGCAUCAGUACUCUCGGUACCUUUUAUUCGUCUUUAGCACCAGG